UGUAUACGAAUGAGUAAACGGUUGAACAUGCGUCUGGUGGACAUAAGACGUACUUUGUUUCUUUGUAAUGUCAAAUGCUUUAAUAGAAUUUCUUUUGACAUGUCAGCACAAUUUUGUCAAUUGCUUAUUUAAAAAAACACAUUAGACGAAUAAUAAACAUUUUGUAGUACAAGCAUUUUAUACUCGAUUGAAUUAUAAUAGAUUUUUUUUUUAAACUGCAUAGAAAUGCAUAGGUUAUGUUAAGAUAAAUGUGACAAUAUAAAUAAAUGCAAGACGAAAAAUAUUAUGAACAAUAGUUUCUAAUUCAACAGUCGUUAGAAAAUAGCAUCAUCAUGGAGGAGAAUGAAGUAUACAAUGCUACAGUCUCAUCCUUCUUUGGGAUUGAAUCAGCAUUUUGGAAUUACUCCGAUCAUGUCAUCCUGGACGAUCUUAAAAUGGACAGCAACUUUAUAUGGUUGCUAUGUUCACUAGUAUCUGCCAUAUUCUGGAUUGUUUAUAUUGCUUAUUAUAAUAGUAGAGUGGCUGGUUACAUAUUGACAAAGUUGUUAAAUCGAUUUGUUAUUAGAGAUGGAUAUGUUAAAGUUGGAUCUGUCACACUAAGUGCUUUAAGUGGGAAAAUAAUGUUUAGAGACAUAGUUUAUAUCACAACAGAUUACAGUUUUAGAAUUCAGGAUGGUUGGCUCAUAUUCAGGUGGUGGAGAAGCUAUGUCCCUAAAGAUGUAUCAGAAGAUCUCUCGCAUUCUGACACACGGCUAUCAGUUAUGUUAAAUGGCUUUGAGUUACAUGUUUACAAUCGCUGUCAACUUUAUGCACAAUUAGAAAAAAAUUUUGGUCUUACACCACAAAUGUUUGCUGACGAAGAAAGUCAUAAUAUAAACAGCGACGAUCUGGAUGGGGAAUCUAUAAAUAAUGCAGCCAAUGAAACUCGUCAUUCACAAAUAAAUGCAAUCGAUGUAUCUCGGCAUGUAGACAAUAUCAGGAAGAAGGAAGCUCAUGUGAUUGCACGUACUUGGAGAGACUUGAUACCAGUCAUUAAACUAGAUAUUUGCACAGGAAGACUGGUAUUCGGUAAUCGAUUAGUACCAACUACAUUAUCGAUAACAGUGGAGGAAGCACAUUUUGUAUAUUCUACGAAACCAGCAGCAUCCAGGCACGAUCAUUUUAUGCACUUUACCAAGUGCAAGGCUGAGAAUUUUAAAGUGAUUUUGGCCCCUAGCCCGAAAUAUACCGGAAUGGUUGACGACCCACCUAGAUACAUGGGAGAAGGUUUUGUUGUUUUAAGUUCCAAUAAUAUGGAAGUUUAUUAUUACAUGGAUGAACCUGGUGUCGUACCGGAACAUCCUGAAAUGAUACAAUUGGUGAAUGGAGACAUGGUUGAGGCAAUGCCUCCCAUAUGGGGUAUCGAUAUUAAAUGUGGAAAGGGCACGGAUUUCAGUUAUGGUCCUUGGGCCGAUAGACAGCGAGAGCAUCUAUUUAAAUUCUUCUUUCCCAACGAUUACCAAUCACUGAAGAUUACGAAAUUGCCUAAACCGGGAGAUAAAAGACAAGUUCAGUCGUUCGACAUUAGAUUAUCAACAUUGAAUGAAGCUACAAUCGAUAUACUUUUUAGUAAAAAUAGAGAAACAAAUGCUGUUCACGUCAACGUAGGACCAGGAUCGUAUUUAGAAAUUACAAUGCCAUGGAUAGUGUUGCAAGAUGGCUAUACUACAAAGAUAACGGGUCAACUUUUACAUUUGGAAGCUACAACUAGUCUACAGUAUCGGAGUCUAGUCGAAAGCGAGACCUUGGAAUUUGGAGUCAAGUGUCAUUAUCCUAUCAAGUGGAACGAUUAUCAAGAAUGGACGUUGAACUUGACUGGAUGUAAAGCAACUGCUAAUUUAGUUUAUUCACAUAAGGACUUUUUCCAAGAUAUGAUCAACGACUGGGCGAGUAAAGCGAGACCUGAUAUUCUACACUUUGUCCCGUAUACUUGGAAAUUUAGUUUACUUUUGAAAGAAUUUGAACUCAUUACGCUUUGCAACGAAUACAAUUGGAUCGAUUGUUCGUCUCAGAACCAAGAGAAUGCGCACAUCGCUUUUUGCGGGGAGCUUUUUGAUCUUUCGUUUGAUCUUCCAUUCAUAGACUUUCUACCUGUCACAAUACCCCUGCGUUUCUGGAUUCAAGGCGAAAGCGUCGAUCUUUUGUUCUAUUUGCCGGAAGUUAAUACCAACCGUAUUAUUUUAUUAGCACUCGACAAGAAUGCAAAAAUCAUGACGCGCGAUGGAUCUCAUAAGCACUUGCAUGAAUUGAAUAGGGGCAAGAAAUGGAGAAACUUUUGUCAAAAGGAGUCAGGCUGGGUUGAGUGCUGGUCCGUACCGAUCGUGGCGUUGAGUAUUAAUUAUAUCUAUCAUCUAUGCCCGCCUUUAGGCCCUACUCCGCAAGCGAAUAUAACAACUCCGGAGAAGGAAGAAAUUCUCUUGUCACCUAUGCGAAUUCCCAAAUGCAGGAAAUCGCCAGGCUUGCAGUGGGCAAGAAGUGGCGCACAAAAGUUUGACCCGCAGUCCAUAGCGCCUGAUAAAGUUAGCGUAGAACUUGAAAUCGGACCAUCCAUAUUGAUUUUAUACGGAUCUUUGCUAAAGAACUUUAUGCAUUUGAAGGAAAAUUUAUUUGGAGAUUAUCAAAUGUUUACCGAUAUGCAACAAAGUAGAAACACCUCGACGUCCGUAAACGCAGAAAGAAAUAAGGAUAAAGAUAUACAAAACAGCAGUAUCGAGGCAUCCAUGGAAGAUGAAGAAAUAAAAUCUAAGCCGUUUGAUCCGAGAGAUUAUAGACCAUUGGAAGUGACUGUUGGCGUUACUAUGCACGACAUUCAAGCUCAUCUAAUAAAAAAUUGCAAUGAAAAUGAUCCACCAUGCCCGGUUAUACUUUUGGAACGUUUUGGAUUUGAAAUGAGGAAAGGUUACAAGGAGACGCAACUUCAAUUGUUGCUUUCCCCUGCCAUUGCUUUAGUUACAGAUAAUGUAAUAAGAUCAAAUAAAGAACAUCAUCUAAAUCAGGGGCAUUUAAUGUUGAGUGCAUUACAAGUUAGAGGUCACGCUAUGUUUAGCAAUGAAGAACGAAGCUUAGAUCAGGAAACAUUAGAGUAUGCGUGGUUGAUCGAGGUGCAGUUGGGCAAAUUAAGCGGGAAGAUCACUUCUCCCCAAUUACAUCACUUCGUUACAUCGUUAGAGACUUUCUUGUUAAUGGCGAAAAGUACCGAGAACAGUUUACGCCCACCUAAUUUACCUUUUCAUUGCCACCAUGGUCUCGCGCCACUGCAAUGUCCAGAGAGCGACGUUGAUAAACAUUAUAGGUGCCCAAGUUCCGAAGAUAUAAAAUAUAGAAUGACGAGACUGUCCAUAGAUGCUGUUGAUUUAUACCUGCAAGAAGUAGGUACUGCCAUACAGUUUUGGAUAUCUCCGAUUCGUGUUGCUACUUGUAAUCUUCACGGACAUCAAGUAAAGUCAGGCGUUACUGCUGUUCUACCUACAAUAGCUAUUCGUCAGUUUAUGUCUGCGGCAGAUUAUUUUGCGAAUACAAGUAAUACUAAUACAACUGGUAGUGGUCGAUCUCAUAAUAACGCAAGCAGCCGAAUGUCAGGUGAUGGAUCGGAUAUAUGGCUUGAAGUAGGAUCAAUAUCUUUGGGUCCAGUUGUUCUAGAAGCCGCGAUUUCUCUUCCAACUCCAGAACACAAUUUGCACUUAGUACAAAAUAAAUAUUUAAAAAUGCACGAUGAGGCAACAAAACGUUUGUGGUUUUUAUGGCCACAGGAAAGUGGAGUAAAGGCAACGAAAUGUGGUUGUAUAGGAGGUUGCGUAUUCUUUGGCAAUAACCGGAACGGACCAAGAUUUUUUAAACCAAGCUACCAUGAUCUUCAAGAUGGUACUAACAUUGCUGCCUACAGAAUUCAUGAACCUGGUAAAGAGAAAGGAUUUGGACAGUCUAUUUUGCAUGAUGGACAAUUGGUAUUCCACACACCACCAUAUAGCUUGCAAGAUAUAUCUUUGCAAGAUGUAUGUUAUCCUAUGACAGGAUUGAAAGUAACAGUCAAUCAGGAUGGUCCACAAACUCUGAAGAAAAGCAUUGAACGUCCAAGGUCGGUGACCGAUCAUAAUAAAGAAGAAAAUAAUAGUACAAAAUUAAAUGUUGCGUCUGCAAGUCCAUUGAUAUCUAGUGGAGAUAGGAAAUCGUUGGACAGAAGAUUUUCUUAUACAUCGAUGCGGUAAUCUUUGAAAGCUUUGCA